CCUGUUCCCGGAGAGGAAAAGCUCGCCGCCGGCAUCGACCGGGCACCCCCGCCGUGACAAGUGAGAACCGCGGCGCGUUUCCCGCUGCUUGCUUCGCCCGCCCGUUGUCCCCCUGGCCCUAAUCGGAAGCUGCUGAGCUGCGUAGUAGACGCGCGCAUAGCUGCUGCGGAAGCCAUCGAUCGAUUCCUCAAUCCCCAGCGCUUGUUAAACGAAUCGCCCGAUCCAGCUUGAAAUUCCUAGGUUUGCAUCUCCCCCCGAGAGCUCCGGGCCACCGUGCGAGCAGGAACCAGAAGGGUGAUGGAUAGAGAAGGAGAUGGCUCUGAUCUGGAGCUGCAGAAGCAACAAUGGGCGAGGACGCAGGAUGCGCUCAAGGGUAGGCUCGUUCUCGAGGAUGAUUUCGAGUGGUCUUUACCUUCGGCGAGCUCGAACUCGGAUCAGGGUGAUGCCAGGAGCAAGCUGAAGUAUAUAGGUGGGGUUGACAUUAGCUUCCUGAAAGAAGACCCGUCUACGGCGUGUGCCGCGGUGGUGGUUCUGGAUGCCAAUACCUUGGAAAUCGUCCAUGAGGAGUUCGAUGUCGUCCGGAUGCAAGUGCCGUACAUUCCUGGUUUUCUUGCUUUCAGAGAGGCCCCCAUUCUUCUAGGACUCCUGGAGAAGAUGAAGAUCAAUGCUCAUCAUUUCUACCCUCAGUUACUCAUGGUUGAUGGAAAUGGGUUACUCCAUCCACGAGGUUUUGGUUUAGCAUGUCAUCUUGGUGUCCUUGCAGACCUGCCGACCAUCGGAGUGGGAAAAAAUUUGCACCAUGUGGAUGGUCUUGACCAAUCUGAAGUCAGAAGACAGCUUGAAGCUGAAGGAAACUGCAACAAGGAAUGUAUUUCAUUGACUGGACAGUCGGGGACGAUAUGGGGAGCGGCAAUGCGUUCAUCCCCUGGUUCAUUGAGGCCAAUCUACAUCUCAGUUGGUCAUCGCAUUUCGCUCGACUCUGCCAUUGGGAUAGUGAAGUACUGCUGCAGAUAUCGUGUUCCAGAGCCUACACGCCAGGCUGAUAUAAGAUCGAAGGUAUUCCUCCAAAAGCACCAAAGAUUACAGCAGUAACAAGAUUCGACAAUGGCAAACAGUACCCUUGGGUAGCCUUCUCAUCUUUCUAGCUGAUGUGAAAUUUGAGAAAGAAACUGGCGAGGCAUUGAAACCUCAAGCAACCUCUGUACAGCCUUCUCUAAUACUAGUAUGGAAUUGCAUUUUAUCCCAGAACAGUUUGGCUGUAAGAUAGAUUGUGAUGCCCUUUUUUUUAUCAAUAUCUGAAUUUGUACAUCUUGCUGUGCACAUGCACAACGCACAUAGCAAUUAGCAAGAAGAAUCAAGGACCUGGGUAUACAUUGCAGCAGUGCUGCUUUGUGCGGCCGUAAAAGCAUCGGUAUAUCUUGGAGUACAAUUAUUCGCAAAGAAAAAAAUCUUGCAGUAAAAUAAAGCCACAACAUGAAGACAUUGUACUGCUUUAAUAUCACUAGCAUAUCUUCUGCAUUUAAUCUGAUGUUUUUUCUUCUCAAAAGCAUUUUCCCAAUUAUCAACGUAUCUGUCUCUGAUUUACACUUCAGGAAAAGCACCGGUAUACAUUCCAGUACAAUAAAACCAUGAUGGGAAGGCAUUGUACUGCUGUAAAUCUCCAGCGUAUCUUGCAUUUAAUCUGAUAGAUUUUCUUCUCGAAGGGAUUUUACCGAGAUUAACAGCAUAUAUAUUUUUGAUUGACCAAAUCUUAUGCUCUUUAAUGCACACUGCCUGUAUAAACAUGGGGAGACGAGAUACCAGCAGUGCAGCAUAUACAAAGAACACUUCUGCUUAAUUUCCAGAGACGUAUGUAGACAACGGUGAGAUGGCUGCAACUUUUCACUCUGUCAUUUGCAAGAUCCUUGUUAUUGCUAUGGUUUGUGCUGCCCUCCUUUUCUCAUCAGGAACAGCGCAGUACAUGUGCAUGGGCAAAUGCGCGGACAUACCCGACUGCGACAACUAUUGCAAGACGAAGGGAGUGUACCCCAAGGGAGGGGUGUGCCUGCCCCUCCACCAUUACUGCUGCUGUUACAUUUAGCGGGGUCUGAGGACGGCCGCCUCUUUCCCCAUGAUUUUUUUGUUAUCGGUCGUUGAUUGUGAAAUCGAUGGCAUCUGAAUAAAAUGGAAACACUUAUAUGAA